UUUCGCAGUCAUGGAGUGCCUUCUCUGCUCGAAGCCUUACGAUUUGGCCGAGCGUCGCCCGAAGACGCUGCCUUGCGGUCACUGCUUUUGCUUGGAGUGCCUUCAGCAGCCCGAUGUCAGGAGCUCCUGUCCCCGGGAUAAAAAGAUAUUUCUGGCAGUCCCUGCGCAGCUUCCAGACUGCUAUCCGGUGGUUCAGCUGAUUAUCAAGUGGGGUCGGUUUAGGUGCCGGCAGUGCGACCUGAAGCCCUCAGAUGCCUGCCCGUCCGCCGCGCACAAGAUCUGCGCGCGUUGCGGCGAGGCUCUGGAGGCCCAGGUUGCACCCUGGCGGAGCGAGGACUGGGCCCAGCUGCAGGCCGCCACGGGCACUUUGGAGAUGACUCUGCGCGCCAAGGAGUCCGAGUGGAGGGCCAAAGUGCCGCUGGGCGAGAGCCGGCCGGACCUGGAGCCGCUGCUGCGGGAGAUGCUCUUCCAGUUGCACGGCGACGGAAGACACGUUGAAACGAGCUUGCAAAAAUGUCACGCUAUAGUAUACUUUUGA